GAGAGAGACUAACCAAGCUAUUGCAAAAAAAAGCAUCUCUUAAAUCUCUUUCUUUGUGAAGGUGGUGGGCACCCUUUGAGCUGUGUUCUAGCUGUCCUUCAGUUCAUCCUUCUUAGCACUCAUCCCUCCCUAAUCACCACUACCACCCUCACCCUCUCUCCCUUCCCUUUCUCAACUAAAAUCUCUCUCUCUCUCUCUUCAUCUCGUCUUCUCCGAUGAGAUGAAGAGAACCAUACUGCUUCUCAUCGCCAUUUUUUUCUUCUCCUUCUCCAUCUCUGCUGCUGCAUUCUCCACCCAUGGCCUCACAGCGGCUGAGGCUGCACGGAUCCGCCGCCGCCAACUCCUGGCUGUGGGUGAUGGUGGCCAUGUAGUCCCUCCAUCUUUUGUCUUCGCCAAUGAUCACCAGAGAAACGCCUACAUCGCCCUCCAAGCAUGGAAGCAAGCCAUAUUCUCCGACCCCCAGAACCUCACCGGCGACUGGCAGGGACCCAACGUCUGCAGCUACUCCAAUGUCUUCUGUGCGCCUCUUCCUUCCAACAAAUCUCUCAUCGUCGUUGCCGGCAUUGACCUCAACCAUGGCGACAUCGCUGGAUACCUUCCCGAUGAACUCGGUCUCCUCACCGACCUCGCACUCUUCCACAUCAACUCAAACCGGUUCUGCGGCAUUGUCCCUCGCACGUUUGAUAAGCUGAAGCUCCUUUUUGAGCUUGAUCUCAGCAGCAAUCGCUUCGUCGGGAAGUUCCCCGACGUCGUCCUCCGCCUCCCGUCCCUUAAGUUCCUCGAUCUACGUUUCAAUGAGUUUGAGGGCACGGUCCCCAGCGAGCUCUUCGAUAGGGAUCUGGACGCCAUCUUCAUCAACGAUAAUCGCUUCGUGUUUGAUAUCCCUAACAACCUGGGUAACUCGCCGGUUUCGGUGAUCGUCCUGGCGAACAACAAGUUCCAUGGCUGCGUUCCUGCUAGCAUCGGCAACAUGACGAGGUUGAACGAGAUCCUUCUUCUCAACAAUGGGCUGAAAUCUUGCCUACCGCCGGAGAUCGGGAGGUUGAAGAACCUCACGGUCUUCGAUGUAAGCUUCAAUGAAUUGGUAGGACCAUUGCCUGACACGAUCGGAGGGAUGGUAAGCUUGGAGCAGCUGGACGUGGCGCACAACCAGUUCUCUGGAGCAAUCCCUAAGGCCAUCUGCGAGCUUCCACGGCUGAAGAACUUCACGUACUCAUUCAACUACUUCACUGGCGAGCCUCCGCAGUGCUUGAGAGUGCCCUCGUUUGACGAUCGGGUCAACUGCUUGCCUGGCAGGCCGGCGCAGAGAUCCCAGGCGCAGUGCAGUAGCUUCUUGUCACACCCCGUCGAUUGCAACUCCUUCAAAUGCGCUCCGUUCGUCCCGUCUUUGCCUCCGCCUCCACCGCCAUCUCCGCCGCCUCCAUCGCCGGUAUUCUCUCCUCCCUCUCCUCCGGUAGUGUUACCACCCCCGGUAUACUCACACCCACCACCUCCACCACCACCACCUUCUCCACCGCCGCCAUCUCCAUCGCCGCCACCGCCGCCAUAUUCAUCUCCGCCACUGCCGCCAACUCCGUCCCUUCCCCAGCCAUCACCAUCUCCAUCGCCAUCACCCUGCAUUCGAUCUCCACCACCUCCGCCACCAUCACCAUCUCCACCACCUCCCCCGCUCUUCUCCCCGCCACCGCCUGUUCUCUCUUCCCCACCUCCGCAUUACUCUCCACCACCACCUUCGCCAUCUCCGCCACCACCUUCAUCAUCUCCACCACCUUCUCCAAUCUAUCCUUACCUCUCACCUCCACCACCCCCAUCACCUUCGCCUCCACCACCGAACUCCCCUCCUCCUCCGCCACCCUGCAUUGAGCCACCACCACCUCCUCCUCACUACUACUCACCUCCCCCGCCAUCUCCUUCCCCUCCACCACCUUCUCCUUCUCUUCCCCCACCUUAUCACUACCAAUCUCCACCUCCACCUUCUCCUUCUCCUCCGCCACCUUACCACUACCAAUCUCCACCUCCGCCUUCCCCUUCGCCUCCGCCUCCGUUAACUUAUCACUACCAAUCUCCACCUCCGCCUUCUCCGUCUCCUCCGCCACCUUAUCACUACCAAUCUCCACCUCCGCCUUCUCCGUCUCCUCCUCCACCUUAUCACUACCAGUCUCCACCACCGCCUUCUCCGUCUCCUCCUCCACCUUAUCACUACCAGUCUCCACCACCGCCUUCUCCUUCUCCUCCACCACCAACUCACUACCCAUCACCGCCCCCACCCUCGCCUUCACCUCCGCCACCUUACCAUUAUGUAUCACCGCCUCCGCCUUCUCCAUCACCACCUCCAGUGCCUUGUGAGACUCCUCCCCGCCCCCCGCCUGCCCCUGUAUACGAAGGUCCAUUGCCACCAGUCACCGGAAUCUCUUAUGCUUCUCCCCCGCCACCUCCUUUCUAUUGAUUCUUUUGGGAGUUUCCCCCUCGUCCUGCCUAACUUCAAUUAAAAA